AUGAAUAAAUUUAAUUCUACAAAUCAUUCAAUAGAGCGUGUUAGUGACCGUAAUGGAUCAUCUGUGAUUUUCCCUGUCCUGCCUAAGUCCAUAGCUCAAUUCAAAUAUCUGAGAUGUCUUGAUAUAAGCGGCACCAAACAGACUAAUCUUCCGAAAGAAAUCUGUGAACUUCACUGUUUGGAAGAGCUAUAUUUAAGAAAUUGCAGUUUAGAGGCUCUGCCUGAAGAUUUUGGAAAACUUAUCAAGCUAAAGUCUCUUGAUAUUAGUAACGAUUUCUUAGAAUUUUCACCGAGCUUUCAACGUCUGAAAUCUCUAGUAAAUCUAAAGAUGGCCUGGAAUGAACAACUUGUACUAUUUCCUGUCCUUCCAGAAAGCUUCAUUGCUCUCAAUGCCAGAGGAUGCUCAAAAUUGCAGGCAAUAUCUCUCGAGAGUGAUAUGAAAUUUCUGAAGACCAUGGAUUUAUCUCACUGCGAAAAUCUUACUGCACUUUCAACACUGAUCAGGUGUAAAUCUUUGAGAGAUAUCAAACUACACGAGUGUAAGCAACUUGAUAAAUUGGACCCUCUUCCAGAAUGUCUUUCUUCUGUACGCAUUUAUAAAUGGUCAAAGUUGCAGAACAUACUCAUCAAUAUUAAGUUUGACGAACGUUAG